AUGCCUGACGUGAUGAUUGGACAUGGGACAACGGACAUUGAAACGGGAGCUCGCUUGCCUUACAAUAUUGGAGAUGAAGACCAAACUGAAGAUGAUGAGAAUAUGGUAUCUGACGUUAUCGUCGUUGAGUGGGAUGGUGAUGAUAAGGAGCUGGGUACGAACUGGUCCUUGGCUGCACGAGCCUAUUGUUCUGUCCUUAUUGGCUUACUGACAGUUUGCUCUACCAUUGCCUCUUCACUACCAUCUAUGCUUAUUCCCGUACUUGUUAAGGAAUUUGGCGUGUCGUCAGAAACGAUGAAGGUUGCUCUCUUUAUUUUCGUUGCGGGAUACUGUGUUGGUCCAUUAGUUUGGGCCCCUAUCUCUGAAGUAUAUGGCAUUCGCUGGCCACUUAUAAUUUCUACCCUGGGUGCAACCAUCUUUAAUAUGGCAUGUGCUCUCUCUCCCAACAUUACUGGCCUGAUUCUGUUUCGUUUCCUCGCCGGUACAUUUGGAUCAUGUACUUUUGUGGUUGGUGGUGGUACAAUGGCAAAUAUCUGGACAAAAGAACUUAUUGGGCUAGGCAUGACGCUUUUUGCCAUGUCACCUAUGGCUGGUCCUGCUGUUGGCCCUCUCAUCGGUGGUUGGAUUGUUGUAGAACAUGCUGCAUGGCAAUGGGGAUUCUGGACGCUUACUAUUUUCUCAGGCUUCAUGACAAUAUUAAGCUUCUUUACUUUGUGGGAGACUAAUCCAAAUAUGACGCUUAAGAAAAAAGCCAAGCGUCUUCGUAAAGAAACGGGUGAUGAUCGUUAUAAAGCGCCUGUCGAACUUCGUAAAAUUGACUUCAAAGAAUUGGUAACGCGUUGGCUCUUACUUCCUAUCUUGAUGCUAAUCUAUGAACCGAUGCUUCAAGCUAUCACGAUGUAUAUUUCUUUUAUCUACGGUCUCCUUUACCUUUUUUUCGAAGCAUACCCGAUCGUUUUCAUGAAUCUCCAUGGUCUUAACGCUCUCCAAUGUGGGUUGACAUUCCAGGGUUUCCUUGCUGGCUGUAUUAGUGCUGGUGCCUUUUAUGCUCUCGUUGAGAAUAAACGCUAUGUUACGAAAAUGAGAGCCAGUCCCACAGGGAAUCUUGCACCUGAAGAGCGCCUCCGACCUGCCAUAUAUGGUGCGCCAAUCUUGGUCAUUUGUCUCUUUUGGUUUGCAUGGACCUCCUAUGAAGGUGUUUCUAUCUGGUCUCCUAUUGUGGCGGGAUCUCUCUUUGGUAUUUCAAUGUUCUUCGUCUUCUUUAGCUUGUUUACCUACAUGGCAGACACAUAUCGUGCUCAGACUGCGAGUGCACUGUCGGCCAACACCAUGGUCCGGUCAGCUUUCGGCUUUGGCUUCCCAUUGUUUGCGACACAAAUGUAUGACAAAUUAAACCCUCGCUGGGCCUCUUGUUUGCUAGCAUUUAUUGCUCUGCUUCUCUUACCUAUUCCUUUCAUCCUGAAUAAAUACGGUGCUUUCCUUCGUUCAAAGGCAAAGUAUGGAUUUGAGUAG